AUGGAAAGUCAAGAAAAUUCUGAAAUAAUAAAAGAAAGCUUGAUUGCUCUAGGCUUUGAAGAAUGGAAAAUUAACAUCAUCCUCUCAUUUGCAAAUUCUUGUGAGCAAGCCAUUGAUCUUAUUUUAUAUAAUGAUUGAGAUUCAAUUGAUUUAGAUUCUAUAAAAAAUGAACCUAUUGUACAAACAGAAAACUCAAUCAAUCCUGAAUCAGCCGGAAAUAAUGCAGAGAUAAUAAAGAACCUACGGGAGAUGAUUCCUGGCUGUGAAGAAUUACAUGAAAAAUUGAUGCAAGACAUAGUCACGAAUGAUGAAAAUAAAGAGAAAAUCUAUUUAAUGGCCCGAGAAAUGGGCUUUGACGAUAAAAACUCAAGGUGAGCAGCAGAUCAAUUUGAUAAUUUGGAAAGCGCUGUAAGUUAUUUAGCAGAAAGGGCUAAAGCAGACGAAUUAAGCCAAAUAAAAACACAGAUAUACAUUACUGCUAAAGAAAUGGGCAAGGAUGAAGCUACAGCUACGAAGGCAGGGUUUGAAUUUGACAGCCUUGAAGAUGCUAUUAAAUUUUUGUCAAUAGAAGAAGAAGUCAAACAAUCAGAAAAUAUUACAAUAAGUCAGCCUAAUGAAGAAGAAAAUUCUAAAAAAAUCAAUGAAACUAAUCAAUUCACUGAAGAAACACCAAUUGCUGCCUCACGGUCAUACACUGGUAGAGAAGAUGAAGGAGAAAUUUCAAGUGCAAUAAAUAAUGAAGAGAGAUCUAUUUUAAAUACUCAAGAUUCUAGCAUGCAGAACCAAAUAAAUUCUAAUCAAGGGAAUGGAGAGUUUAUGUUCGAAGAUUUAGAAGGCUUUAUUCAUCAAGGAGUAAAAAUCUCAAACGAGCCCAGUAUUCAGCCUCUAUAUUAUACUGAUUAUGAAGAAGUAUAUGAAGAAGAGGAAUGUGAAGAAUAUGCAGGGCAAAAUUUAUAUGCAGCGGAAAAUGCUGAUAAUUAUGAAGGUGAUUUUAAUGAAGAAAAUCAGCCCGACGAAAUGGGACUUGAAGAGUUUGGCAUAAGAGUAGAGGAUAUAAGUGAGGAAAGAAAAGAAAACGGUGGGGAAAGGUGAAUUUCUUCUGAGCCAAUAAACAUUAAUGGGGAAUAUGUAGAAGGGAUAGAUAGAGAGCACAUCAUGGAUAUUUUAACUCACCCAUCUGUAAGCGAACAAAACAUUAGAAAAUCCCUAUUUUUUGCCCAAAAAACCCACCCUCUGUGAGCAAACAAAAUUUUUUUUAAUAUAACAAUUUUUUAUGAAAAAAGAUUUGAUAUAUAAGUAAUAAUUAUUAUAAUGAAAUCUCUAGCUAAUUCUGUUAUUUUUAAACAGCUGACAUUUUAAAAAUAAAUUUCACAAAUUAAAUUAAUAUUUGCUUUAAAAUUACUUUGAAAUAUGUAUUUUUUAAAUUUCAAAAAAAAAAAAUUUGCUAUAAAAUUUAUAUAUAAAUUUUUAAAAAAAUUAACCCCGAAACAAAAUUUUUUGUUUGCUCAAGGAGCGGGGGAGUAAGCAAUAUUAUUCCUGUAACAGGACUAUCUGAAGAAGCAAAGUCAAGAAUUGUUGAGUUCAUGUAUGACGGCGAAAUUCUUUGUAAAUUAAAUUAAAAUAAGAAUUCGGCCAUAAGUUGCAACCCACUAGCCAUCGCCUCACCUCGGCUCAGCCACAGCUCCAGAACGAGAUUCUGAUGCUACCAUACUUCGUCCGACACCAUUUUGGAUUUCCGACCUGGACCACCUGUCCAGAGGAUUAACUCCCUUGGGCAGAGCCAGUGUCUGUCGAGUGCCCCGAUGGUAUGGAUGAGGAAAGACUAUGUGUUAGGCAAAACAUGUCUCGCGCAUCCGGCAGGAACAGAAAACCUUCGGGGAAGAAAACAAAACUUUCCUCUUUGGCAAGGCAUCCCCAAGCCUGAAGGCCUAGCAUAAGAGGGACAGAGGCCCUACUUUCAGCUUCAUCAUGAUGGGUCCUACCUUCUCCAUAGGGAGUGCACCUCGAGUCCAAUUUCCGUCAACGUCACCUUUUUAUUUAUAUUCUUUGUAAGGAAUGUGUCAUUUGUUGUGACAAAUUCGAAGAGAAGGACGUUCUUUAUAAACUACCAUGCAGUCACAUUUUCCACAAAGACUGCUUCUUGAAGUACGCUGAGAGGAGUGAGAGUUGUCCCUUAGAUCGACAAAAAAUUUAA